AUGCAGAAUACAACCACAAAGUGGCGGACGCAGAACAUUUUCGUAGAGCAUUCAGAACUAAAGACAGAUGCACUAAAAAAGAUGGAUAAACUAAAACUGCUCCACCUAAGUCAUGUGCAACUCGAAGGGUCAUAUGAGAAUUUUUCAGAAGAUUUAAGAUGGCUCUGCUGGUUUGGAUCCCAAUUAAGAACAAUACCCUCUGACUUAUCCAUGGAAAACUUGGUGGCUAUGGAUAUGAGCUAUAGCAACCUGGAAGUAUUUGAUCCGCCCAUGGUUCUUCAAUCAUUGCGGAUAUUAAACCUUAAAGACUCGCACAAUCUAUUGGAAAUCCGCAACAUGUCCAGGAUCCCUCAUCUGGAGACUUUGAUUCUUUGGAACUGUCACAGUCUGGUUCAUAUUUGUGAAACCAUUGAAGACCUGACAAGUCUUGCACUACUGAACCUAACAGGGUGUAUAAACCUGUUAAUAGGGCUGAAAGUUUCUACUUCUGAUGGAGGCGUUGCAAAACAACCUACCUUUUCCUUCCCACAUUCAUUACGUCGCUUAUUCUUCAAUGAGUGCAAUAUUGAGUUUACUGAUUCUUUUUGUUUGAGUUUCAGUGUUCACAUAUCUUUGCAGUACUUGAAUUUAGGCAAUAAUCUAUUUGAGUUUCUUCCUUGUUAUGAUCAUCUUAAAAAUCUUCGGGUCCUUGACUUGAGUUUUUGCUCAAGACUUAAAUGGCUUCUAUGCCUCCCAAGUACACUCGCAGAAUUAUACAUAUAUUAUUGUACAUCAUUGGAGAGAGUAACUUUUGAAUCUCCUCGUUUCACAUUGCAAGAGUUUGGCUAUGAAGGUUGUAGUAGUUUGUGUGAAAUUGAAGGCUUUAUCAAAUUAUUCCAUAUAGCCAAACUUGAAGAUAAUGAUUUGGGACACAUGAAGUGGCUAAAGGAAUAUCAAAAUUAUAAGGUGCGCCUGGUUGGUGAUGAUGAGCUUACCAAAGGCAGAAGUUCAUCUUUACAGAUGUUGUAUGAAUUCGAUAUAAUGAGUACAUCUCUACCAGACAUAAAGGAUCCAAACAUGAAGCCUAAUUAUGCAUCAAAGUUAUCGUUUUUGUCCUUUAACGUUCCUUCAGAUCCCACAAGUAGGAGGCUCAAAGGACUUGAUGUAACUUUCAGAUACACAAUUUCAGGUGAUGAGUGUGCAUGGUUCUGUAAAAUAUGUACGACCAAAGGUGUUGAUUUGAUUUACAAUCCCAAAGUCUUCGGCAAACCUGACUCUGGUAAAGUUGGUAUAUGGUUAAGCUAUUGGCCAAUUGGAAACACAUUGGACAUUGGAGAUACAGUUAAUGUCUCUAUUGUUGCGAUGAGAGGAUUGAAAGUACAUGAGUGUGGUGUGAGCCUUGUUUACUCUGACAAUGAAGUAGCUGAAGAAACCUUGAUUAAUAACAAGGGAUGGGUAGAAAUUCUUGGAGGAGAUUUGUCUGGAUUUCAACUAAGCACAGGAGUCUACUAUCUUUGUCGACGUGAUUUCUUUGAGUUGGUGGAAGCUGGUGGACUGACUCGUGGUUGGUUUAGAAUGUUAGUUGGUGGUAGCAUUGACCAUAUAGAGGUACAGGGAUGGAGAAAGACAGGUCGACCUAGGCAGUCGAACCCAUCAAUUACAGAGUUAAGAGCUGUUAGAUGCAUCAUCCAUGGUCCUGAAUUGGAGGAGAUGUACAAGAUGGCAGAGAUGUCAAAAUCAUCUUUUGUAGAUAAAUGUUCAGAGGUCACAUCAAGCAUACUUGGGGAUACAAGUUCAAUAGCUUCUGGUUCUUCCUCAAGCAAUAAGGCUUCUCUUGAUGCUAAUGAUGGAAUCUACGACGUUUUCUUAAACCACAGUGGCAGAAAUACUCGUAAUUCUUUUAUAGAUCAUCUUUACACAGCAUUAAAACGAGCAGCAAUUGAAACUUUUAUGGAUACCCCAGAAUUCUACAUAGCUGCAGGAAUGAUCUCACCGAGAGUAAUUAAAGGAUCUAGAUCUUCAAUAAUUGUAUUGUCAGAAAACUAUGCAACUUCCAGUAUUUGCCUUGACGAGCUUUUGUUGAUCCUUGAACAAAGGAGGGAGCAUAAUCAUUUCGUUCUACCUAUUUAUUAUCAAGUUAAUCCUUCUGAUGUCAGGAAUCAACAAAAUACUUUCGCAAUCAAUGUCAAAUCCUCUCCGAAGUGGACGGAUCACAAAGUGAACCUGUGGAAGAAAGGCCUGAAGGAAGUUGCUGAUUUGGGUGGCUUGGUUUGUUUGGGGCCUGAAACAACAUUUUUGAAGGAGAUAGUUGACACCAUCAACAAUAAACUCGAUGGAAAGGAAGUUCAUCUUCCACCCAAUCUAAGUGGGAUGGCCACUCGAUACCAGGAGAUCAAUUCCUGGUUAAAUCAAUCCGAUUUUCAGUUCUUAGUAAUUUGUGGCAUGGGUGGAAGUGGCAAAACAAAGCUGGCGAAUUAUAUUUACAAUUCAAAUUUGAAGAAUUUUGAAAGUACGGGAUUUCUUGAAGACAUUGAUCGCAGAUGUAAGACACUCGAUGAUUUGUUUGAGCUACAGGAACAACUUCUUAAAGAAAUUUUAAGUGGAAAGAAGAGAAAAAUACCAGGUGUUUCUCCAAGUACAUGUACAUUGGAGGACGCCUUAGAAACAAAAAGGAUGCUUAUUGUUCUUGACGACAUUGCUAUAUAUAGUCAACUACUCACUUUACUUGGAACUGGAAAGAUUAAUGCACAGAGCAAGAUUAUAAUAACCACCAGGGAAAAUACAGAUGGUUGGUUUAAGUUUAGAGAUUGGAGGUGUCAAGUUCAUGAAAUGAGGGAUGAUUAAAUAAGAAUGAAUCAUUAUCUUUUAAGCGUCAUGCUUUGGUUCCAAUGUUUCUAUAGAAGAUUUGGAGGAGCUUGUUUGUAGAAAUAGCAUGAUAUUGUAGAGGAAUUCCUCUUGCUCUUGUAGUGUUCGCUUCUUCUUUAGCCAAUGACAAUAUCAUCUUAUAUUGGAAAAGCUAAUUGGAUUUAUUGAAAAAUAAAAAUUGAUUCUUGGAUUUAAAGUGUACUUAUAAUUACCAAUGAGUUAUUGCCGAC